AUGGGCUCAUCUUCUAAGCCACCUCUUGCAGGUGUUCUCGUCCAUCAGGAUCACAAGGGCAAAGUCAUUGGGAAAAAGAUUCAUGGAAACCAUGAAAUCAUCAUCGGCCGCGAUCAAAAUCGAUGCCAAUAUGUGAUUGACGAUCCUCAUAUCUCAAAAAGGCACGUGAGAAUCUACACUGUCGUGUACGAGAACGAUGGACCAAAUGAGGUCGAUACUCUGGUUUAUGCCGAAGAUCUGUCUCAGAAUGGUACCUACCUCAAUGGGGAUUUUAUUGGGAAAGGAAAUGGUGGAUUUCUCCUCUGCGACGGAGACAAUCUCCGACUGAGCCGACGGACAUACCUCCUUUUUACUGCCAUGACCAAUGGGAAAACAAAAGAAAGUUUCGAUUUCGUCCAGGAGAGGGAGAUGGCUGAUUUUCGAAAAGACUAUGUCGUCACAGACAGACUCCUGGGAGCGGGAACAUUCGGAAGAGUGUUCAUGGCCAUUGAUCAAACAAGUCGGGUUCAAGUUGCUUGCAAGGUCGUGGAUCUGCGGAAACUCAUGCCGAAACCACCCAAUUAUUUCGGACGUCCGGAACAACCAGGUCUGGCCGAUCAACGGAAGAAGGACGAAGGAUUGGAAGAGAAGGUCAAGACGUAUUUUCGUGAGUUUGAAAUCCUUGCUUCAAUUAAACAUCCUAACAUCAUCGGCCUUAAGAAAGUGUAUGUGUUUGAUAACACAAUAUACAUGAUACAAGAUAUCGUCACUGCUGGUGACUUGUUCUCGUACAUCGAAUCCCGAAAUGGAGCAUUAUGCGAAGUCGAAGCGGCCGUGAUCAUUCGACAAAUACUUAUCGCAUUGCGUUUUCUUCACCAAAACAAUAUUGUUCAUCGAGAUAUUAAACCUGACAACAUUCUCAUGACCGGGCUGGCACCAGGAUGUCGAGUGGUGUUGACGGAUUUUGGUGCUGCUCGACGAAUCCAGAGUCAACGUCAUCGAAUGUCGACAGUCGUGGGUACUCAUGAAUAUGCUGCUCCUGAGAUGCUGAAACGCGCUCGGGGCCCAUUGCACCCCGAAAAGAGCGGCUACACUCGAGCUGUAGACAUGUGGGCACUUGGUUGCGUUUCGGUCAUUCUCCUAACGGGCGGGUUGGCCUUCUGUGACCCUGUCACGAAUAUGUAUUCCGAAAUCCUUGCCAGAGAUUGCAAUCUAGAGUUUCUUCGAAAGUCAAAAGAUUGGCAACUGGUUAGAAAACGUCCGAAAGAAUUUGUCGAGAAACUGUUGGUACUCGAUGAAGGAGCACGAAUGACCGCUGAAGAAGCUCUCGAACACUCUUGGUUUUCGAAUGAAACUCACAAGGAUGAUUUCGAAGACCUGUAUCGACGCACGAUCAAGCAUUGGCAUCCACGAACUCCAAAAUCACAGAUGAUCGACUUUCGCGAUAGCGGAUAUAUCAAAUCCCUGGCUUGCCUAGUUGGCCUUCAGGACUCAGGCAGAAAGAAUUAUAUGACAGGCCUUACAGCCAUUGAACCGCCUUACAAACCAUUUCCUAGGAACAUGCAUUUGACCUUCCGGCCGAAGAGAGAUCCCAAAGAGAAACUAUCGAAUGACGUAUUAACAGCUAUGGAGAAUUGGUCACCGAGAUCCGCACAGGUCCUCUCUGAGAGAGCGAGGUAUUUAUCGCUGGACGACGGAUUUCCCAUUUCAGGACACAGGGACCGAGCAAAGAACAAAAAAUCGAGACAUUUUCGAGCUCGCACAGUGUCUCCUCCGCCUAGGCGUACUGGCAUGCUUCGGCCACCGACGAAGUCCAUCGAAGCAGUCGAUAAUGAGAAUGGACUGGAUGAAACGAGAGGACCUUCUAGAACGUCGGAGGGACAGACGGUGAAGAAUCUACAAGGGCAGGAAGAAAAGGUCUUGGAUCGGUUUCCCACUCCAGGACUCCGACCUCAUUUCACGGGCGAGCACUGGAACCAUUUAUCUUCAGUGCAAUCAUCGUCGACACCAACGUCAGAAAGCCUUUCCGCAGAAACUUCGCCAUACUUCGAGAAGAAUGUCGACGAAGAUGUCUUGAAGGUCCAGGGUCAAGUCGUCUCCAAUCCUGAUCCAAUAAUGCAUGUCUCUAUGACUUCUAGUGUUGUGACGAAUGGGAUUGGAAUUUCCAUCCCUCCAGGGAUGAAUGUCGAGACUGAAGGUUUUCUAAGCGUGGAAGCUCCUGGAAACGGGCACAAGCUGAAGAGAAGAAUGACCACCCCAUCGGCAAAUCAGGGUCGCAAGAAGCGACGAGGAUCCAUCUUCGAUCUAGCCGAAGAUGACGACAGCGAUAGACCUGUCAGAGGGCCAAAACCGGAGGUCCAAAAGCCCACAAACGUCCCCAAGAUGAAACACAACAUACUCAAUUUGUAUCUUCCACGAUGA